GGCGAUGAUAUUUGGUGGCUUUUAUAACGGUGCUAUCGUCAAUAACACAACAAAUGAACCCGCUGGCACGGCAGACAUCAUAUAUUUCACAGCUAUGUCAUAUUCACUUUAGGAAUAGGUGAUUACACCGCAGUGGACGGGGUAUUCAAAAUAUUGACGUCUGUUUGCGCUUGCCAUGGAUUUUUGAUGGUCUCUAUUAAUGUAGCAUAUGUGUUGAAUGCUACCGGGGUCGCUUCUGAAACCCGAAGGUUAGCGGCUGAGAUAUCUGGACUUGGAGGAACGCCAUGCGUUAUGCUCUUGAAUUCGUGGAACGGUCGAGACCUAAAAGCUCUGAAUACCCGUAUAGAUAAUUUACUAUCAUCUCUUUGUGGUCAGGCACAAUCGCACAUCUGCUAUCCGUCACUAUAUAACUAUCACAGUUUCGAUACCUCCGGCUCCGGACCUUGCCGAUUGGCGGCAUUGGAUGAGAUGCUCACUAUCCUCCUGUGUGCAUGCCCUGUAGAAAUUCGUCCCGAUUAUCUCUGUAUCAUCGCGGCAAGAAAUUCGAUUACAUAUUAUCUGGAAACAUUGCGUACAGUACAUAUAGUGGAUGGCAAUAAGGUACCACCGCCAAUCAAUCUAGAUCCACUACGCAAGGCAGGAAUACCAGUCGUUGCGCAGCAUAUAUAUGAAGCAGAGAUAUCCAAAAAUAAGGAAAUCUUGGAUAGAAGAUCCAGUCUAUGGGCAAUGGUAAAAUCAGGUGGACAUACCUGGGAGCAAGUUCUGACUAUGCCCAAGUUUAAGGCCGAUCUUGAACGUUAUCAAACGUUAUCUGCUGAUGGACUGCCUACUUGUGUAUAAGCACCAACGUUAAAAAAAAUGCAAGCAAUCAAAUCUCAUUGGUUCUGUAGCAAUCUUGCCGUAGCGCAACAACUUCUGGAACGUCCUUCAUAUCAAGUUGCACAACAUAUACUAUAUAUUUUGUAAUUCA